AUGGAUCAGAAUAAUUCUCACUUCACAGGCACAUGGGGUGAAAUCCCAAGCCUACAUCGUCCCGAUCUGGACGUAUGUACCGUACGAAUCGAAGUAUGGAGCUCAGUAGGUGUACUGAGGCGCCGACAGUUGCUAGGAUGGUUGGCGUUGGGCCUAAAUUCCAGUUCACCUGAUGCGCAGGAGCACUGGGAGCAAAUGAUACAAGGAACUGGCAUCACAGUCACGAAAUGGCAUCCCGUUCAUCCACCGGAGUAA